GACUGACACCAUUUCACUUCAGAAAAAAAAACACUUCCCAUGCAACCCAUCAAGUUAAGUGAACCUGUGAACUAACUGCACCUCACAUUAAUGUAUGCUGGAUAACCUGAAAUGGGACACCUUGCAGACCAGACGCACCCCACAUCAGGCAGAGAUGUUCUUCAAAGUGCAUCGGGGAUUGGUGAGCAUCCACUUGCCACAAGAUAUCACUAGGACAACUAGAACCCUAAACAGAAAAUACAAUCAAGAAGAACAGCAUACUUAUAGCCACCCAAGCACAAGGGUAGACUGCUACUUGUACAGCAUGUUCCCUAGAGCUGUACAAGUGUGGUACAGACUGCCAGAGGAAGCAGCAACUACAAGCAACACACAUUCUAUUCUGGAGGACAGCACUUCCAGCCAUCCGACAGAUGCUGCCACCACCCACCCUCAAGUGCCUGUAGAAACCUGGUGCACCAACGCUUGCAUCCCUGGACAACGGACACCGCUCUUUGGAAUUACUAGACUCAAGACCCUGCAUUCCCACAGAUCCUGCUUUGGGAUAGAUACAAAAACCUGACUUUGGAGAAAUUUUGAAUCACCUGUAGCACUAAGUGGGUUAAUGCAUUAGAACAAAAAUGAGGGAAGCUGCAAGAGACUGCUAGGCAUACACAUGCCAGUCACUCUAUGAGCAAAGCAAACUAGUACCUAAACAUAACAUAACAUAACAUAACAUAAAUAAUAGGAUAACAUAGGGCCACCAGGGCCCACCUAGA